AUGUCACUAAAUGUGGAAUGGCAGCUUGCCCUAUCAUCUGCUCAGUUGGCUGCACUGGGAACAUUGGUUCUUUUCAUCCUUACCUACAUUGUUUCUCUAUUCCGGUUUCUCUGGACUAGACAAAGCGACAACCCAGAGAAAAGGCCACCAACCAUCCCGUACUAUCUCCCGGGCCUGUGUCAUGCGUUUCGUCUGGAAUGGAGCAUGGACAACUUUCUGGCUGCCACCGUGAAACGCUGGGGAUACCAAUCUCCCCUCAAGGUUCGCGCAGGAACAUUCCAGUUCAUCAUGGUCACAAACCCCAGUCACAUCCGGAGUAUCAUACGCUCAUCGCGGAUACUCGCCAACCGGCCGAUAAUCAUGUUCGCCAUGCGGAAAUGGUUCUACACGCCCGUCGACUCAUUGCACCACUACAAUUCCCACCAUGGCCCGCAUCCACACUUACAUGACCUACAACUUGGCAUCAACAUCAGCCAAGUAACCCCGUCGGUGAUCGAGGCGAUGAUGGACUCGCGCAUCCUGGAAGUGUACCCGACUCUGGUCGGGGACUUUUGGGAAUUCGAUCGGCAGCUUGCAAAUUACUCUCGCAGGCUGCCUCGGUGGAUGAUCCCGUCUGCGUAUAGGACGAGGGAUCGGCAGCUUGCUAAUCUCAAGGCGUGGAAUCGGAUGGCGUAUCAGCACUCGGAUUGCUCCAAGCAUGGCGUGGAUGAUGCGGAUUGGGAUGAGUUCUUUGGGACUAGGUAUAUCAAGGCGCACGAGGAUUUGAUGCGGAAGCACGGAUUGGAUGAUGAUGCUAUUGCUUCAGACAAUUUGGGGUUGUUGUUUGGAGCCAACGCCAACGCCGUCCGUGCUGUCUUCUGGUACCUCUUCGAGGCCCUCAAAGACAAACCCCUACAGGAGCGACUCCAAACCGAACUACAUGACUGCAGAAACCCGCAAACCGACACUUUGGACAUCCCCCAAUUAUCCACCAAGCCCUUACUCCAAUCCACAUACGCAGAGGUCCUCCGCCUCCGAGUAUCCGGCAUCAUGACCCGCACCAACGAAGACGUUCCCUUCUGCCUAGGCCCGGACUCCGAUUACACCGUCCCCCGCAACACGACCAUGAGCACAUUCUCGUCCAUUACCGCACGGAACCAGUCAGCCUGGGAAUCCGUGCGCCCGCAGAUAGUCUCGCGCCCGCUGGACGAGUUCUGGCCCGAACGGUUCCUCGUGCGGGGGCGGGAGGACAGCAAGCUCAAGUUCAGCGUGGAUGGUCUGGCGGAGUGCUGGAUGCCGUAUGGGGGCGGGCAGCGGAUGUGUCCUGGGCGGCAUUUCGCCAAGAAUGAGAUUAUCGGGACGCUGGGGUUGUUGUUGGAUUUGUUUGAUUGUGAGCUGGUUGACCGGCGGGCUGCGAACCGGGAUCAGUCGGAUCAGCGAUGGGUGCCCUAUGGGACGUUGCCGCCGACUCGGAGAGUGGUGGUGAAGUUGACUCGGAGGCGAUAGGGAUAGGGUUAUAGUACUUGGUAGUUGAUUAUGUUUGUCCACUUGCGUAUAUGUCACACCCGUCGCUCUCGAAUACAUUGUCUUGCAAUCCACCAA